AUGGGUAUCAAACACCUGUACCAGGUGAUCAACGAGAAUUGCCCCGGCGCAAUCAAGACGGGCGAAAUCAAGCACCAGUUCGGCCGCAAAGUCGCCAUCGAUGCGUCCAUGAGCAUCUACAGCUUCCUGAUCGCCGUGCGCUCCGACGGCCAGCAGCUCAUGAACGAGACCGGCGAGACCACCUCCCACAUCAUGGGCAUGUUCUACCGCACCCUGCGCAUGGUCGACAACGGCAUCAAGCCGCUCUUCGUCUUCGACGGCGCCCCGCCCAAGCUCAAGUCCGGCGAGCUGGCCAAGCGCUUCCAGCGCAAGUCGGAGGCUCAGGAAGCCCACGAGGAAGCCAAGGAGACCGGUACCGCCGAGGAUGUCGAGAAGUUCUCGAGGCGCACCGUCCGCGUCACCCGCGAGCACAAUGCCGAGUGCCAGCGCUUGCUGAAGCUCAUGGGCAUUCCGUACAUCAUUGCUCCCACUGAGGCCGAGGCUCAGUGCGCCGCCCUGGCAAAGGCAGGGAAGGUAUAUGCCGCAGCGUCGGAGGAUAUGGACACUCUCACCUUCGACUCGCCCGUGUUACUGCGUCACCUUACUUUCAGUGAGCAACGCAAGGAGCCAAUUCAGGAAAUACACUUGGACAAGGUGCUAGAGGGCCUCGGCAUGGAGAGGGAGCAGUUCAUCGACCUCUGUAUCCUCCUCGGCUGUGACUACGUCGACCCCAUCAAGGGCAUCGGGCCAAGCACUGCCUUGAAGCUUAUUCGCGAACACAAAGACCUCGAUGGCGUCGUCAAGCACUUCGAAUCCAACCCCAAGUACACCCUUCCCGAGGAUUGGCCCUACAAAGACGCUCGUCUCCUCUUCCUCGAGCCCGAUGUCCGUCCAGCGGACCACCCUGAUUGCGAGUUCAAGUGGGAAGCUCCAGACGUCGAUGGUCUGAUCAAGUUCCUGGUCGAAGAGAAGGGCUUCAACGAGGAUCGCGUGCGGAGCGCUUCACAGCGUCUGACGAAGAAUCUCAAGUCUGCGCAGCAGAGUCGUCUGGAGGGUUUCUUCAAGCCGGUCCCCAAGACUGCUGAAGAGCAGGCCAGCCUCAAGAGGAAAAAGGAGAAGGAGAUUGAGGACAAGAAAAAGAAGCAGAAGCUGGCGGCCAAGGAGAAGAAGGAUGCCAAGGCUAAGCCCAGGGGUACGGCAUGA